AUGUCCUUUUAUCCUGAUCAAAAUUACUACAGCCCAGCCCAGCGAACCCAACAACCGUCGUUCCCUCCGCAACACCAGAAUUAUGGGAAUAUCCCCCCUCCCUAUCAAACAUAUCAUGGCACUCCUCCAUACUAUCCCCAGCAGAACGGCUACAGAAGUCAGUUCCCUCAAGGAUUACCUCCUGGACCGCCUCCUGGACCUCCACCUCCAUUCCCUCCUCCUCAUUCGCAAUUCAACGGUUACGGACCACCUCAACCACCUUUCAACGCGCCACCUCGACCACCUCCGCUUAAUCUAGAUGCGUAUGGCUUCCCCCUCAAACAAUUCGGUAACAUCAAUCGAUCGGCACGACCUGGCCCUCCACCGCCGACUGCGCCCCAACAAUUCGGCAACGGCGCUCCGCAAGGCUACAAAUUCCAGUAUUCCAAUUGUACCGGACGUCGCAAGGCCUUGCUCAUCGGAAUCAAUUACUUUGGCCAAAAGGGCGAGCUGAGGGGUUGUAUCAAUGAUGUACACAAUGUAUCGGCCUUUCUCGUCGAACGCUACAAUUACAAACGAGAAGAUAUGGUUAUUCUAACAGAUGACCAAUCUAACCCAAUUAUGCAUCCAACAAAAGCGAACAUAAUCGCAGCUUUUGAGUGGCUAGUCAAGGAUGCGCGCCCUCAUGACUCGCUUUUUCUUCAUUACUCAGGGAAGUUGACUAUUCUUUUAUCCCUAGAUGAUGGGUUUGACGAUGUCAUAUAUCCGGUUGAUUGGCAGCGAGCAGGUCACAUCGUUGAUGAUGAGAUACAUUGGCGCGUUGUACGGCCGCUCCAACCAGGAGUCAGGCUGACUUCAAUCUUCGACUCCUGCCAUUCUGCUACUGCAAUGGAUCUUCCUUAUGUUUACUCUACCAAGGGAGUUCUGAAGGAGCCAAAUCUAGCCAAGGAAGCUGGUCAAGGGUUGCUCGGCGCUUAUGCUGCGUAUUUGAAGGACGACGUCGCAGGCAUUGCCAGUAGCAUUCUCAAUUUCACCAAGUCGGCUCUCAAUGGAAAUGAGGGUUAUCAAAAAACCAUCGAGACUCGGACAUCUCCAGCAGAUGUUGUUAUGUGGGCAGGUAGCAAGGAUGACCAAACAUCUGCCGAUGCAACUAUUGAUUCUAAAGCUACCGGUGCAAUGUCGUGGGCAUUUAUCACUGCCCUGAAUUCUAAGCCCCAACAAAGCUAUGUUGAGCUUCUCAAUAAUAUUCGGAAUCUUCUGGAGCCAAAUUAUACCCAAAAGCCUCCGCUGUCUUGCAGCCAUCCGCUAGGUGAGGCCUUCCUGUGUAGGGGUCCAUAUGUUUCUCUAACUGUUUGGGUAGAUACCGAUCUUCUUUUUGUAAUGUAGUAAUCGGGUGUUGACUUCUAGCUACUGUGGAAAUGCCCGCAGUGACGGUGCAAGGCCAAAAUCGACAUCAGUCAUGUGCACUGACGUUCCAAGAUGAAUCAAAAACAAGUUACCUAGACCAUUACUUAAAGCCCUAGCAAAUUAACACACCUGGUUAACUUCGCCUAUAGUACCUAUCC